CAAUGACAUUCACUCUUCAAUUUUUUCACUCACUACAGUUUUUCAGUGAACAAAUACUCGAUAAUAUAGGAUAUUCGGAUAUUUUUUGGAUUAAAACAUGUAAAAUUGUUUCUUUCGAGUGUAACGUUAGCAACGGACAAAGUUGUAAUAAAUAUGGCUAGUGCAAGCGAGAGCUCGGAUGAGUUUUUCGAUGCAGAAGAUGACAACGCCAACAAUAUACUCCGUAAUUCCAUAAGCACCAUCCCUGCUGGCAGCAAAAAGCGAUCAUUGAAAUUGCACACCGAGGAAGAAGUGAAAUAUGUUGACUCAACCGGAAAGUCGACUGGUGAACUCAGUAGCAAUUCGAGUCAACAGUUGCCGUCUCAGAUGCUUUUGCAACAUAAAGAGGAAUAUAAGUUUGUCGAACCAAAAACGUUUGGUAGACAGCGAUUUCGUGAACUGCGUCAAUGCAUGCAAAAUGACGAAGACGAGAAUCCUGGAAAUACCCUAACACCUGACUCACAGAACAGUUCAGUUGAAGGAGUUUAUUCUUCGACUACACGGACGUCGCACCCUUUCCGGGUAAUUGAAGGGGAUGCACUGAGCAUUCAAAGCAUGACAUCACUAGGUCGCGUAGGAAGAAUUUUGGCUGGUAGUGCGAGUGUUGAUGCCAGUGUGCUAAGCACAGGCAAGGAGUCGUUAUAUGUUGCAGUUUCUACGUCAUCUGCGCCACAGUCUCUGAUUGCGGUGCCGUCAUCUUCUUCUCGAGAUACGCAACUAAGCGGGAGCUCUUCCAUUCCGUCGAGCACAGGUGUUCCCAGUACGGAAUGCAUAAGCACAAAUAAAUACGGUUCCAACGAAGAAGGCGAAAUGCACCAAGAGAACACUGCUUCUAGUGAUAAUGUUAGUGAUUAUCGCAUUAAUAUGAAUGUGCCUCUUCAAGAACCAGAUGUCAUAGCUAGUACAAAGCUCGCGCACUCCAAAACAACCGAUAGUUUAACCUGUUCCGGUCCAAUUGCUCCACCGAGACGGAAAAAGAAGACUCGAAAAUUAUCAAGUAGUUCUUCCGAACAGUUCAACAUGAAUGAAGGUCUUAAACUUCCUCCGGCUGACAAUUCUUCCUGCGAGCUCACAGUGAAAUUACCAUCUGCGCAAUCAUGUACUACAGGCCGUAGUUCAGAGUAUUCAACAAACAGUGCACCAGCUGAAACCACUAGGGUUCCCCCGAGUCCGGCGACAUUGGAAUCGAUCACUCGUGAAAUCGAAAGUUCCUUCAAAGAUGCCGCGAAUGCGUUUUCCAACGGAAGUUCUACAAUCAGCGGUUUACACGAGAACAAUAGUGAAACUCGUAAGCCGUUGCUUGGUUCAACGGGACGGAUAUCAAAUUCUUUGGGAAAUUCUUCGAUUUCUGUUAAUUCGAAACCUAGUCCAUCGAAUAGUGUGAAAAGUAAUUCGGCACCAGCAAGGGUUAGUUCUAUCGAUCCCACACAAGGUUUAAACAUCUAUAAAGCAACCAAGGGACAGUACGUUGUGAAACCAACGGAUGGUGCAUUUAAUAAGGCUCAAGGACCGUCUAGAGAGGAAAUCGAGCGUGUAGAAAAAAUAAGACAAGAAAUUAUGGGAAAUACAGCAGUUACGCGGGCUAGUCUGUCGGGCACUGGGACGAAUAGUUUGGGUAGCGGUACCAGAUAUAGUUCAUCACUUGCUAAACAUAUGAAUUUGAAGGAACGGCGAAAAUCGGCAGGAGAUGAAGAUUUGUUUAAACAACUUAACAUCUAUGUAAAAACCAGAACAGACUCUGGAAAACAAUUGACGGAUAUGGAGAUUUUGGAACAAAUUCCAGUCAAAAACUUGGAUACUGGAGAAAAUUUCCCACUAUCAGCGGUAGAAGAAAAGUUACCACAAUGUAUCAACCCAUUGUCACUGCACAUAAUGAGAUUAACUAGUCAUAUCCCGGAAUCAGAUGAAGAAUCUGUUGGUCCACCACCGGGCUCAGAAGCUCCUCCAGGAUAUGAGGAAGACCUCGAAAUCGAAGAAGAAGGUGGUCGAUUGAAAAGAAAAACUGCCAAAAUAAAAAGAUUUUUCCGUUCAACUGCAAAGAAAACAGUAGAUAAGGCUAAAUCGAUUGCUUCUGAGGUAUCUCAUGCUAGACACAAGGAAGACGUUGCAGAUAUAGAGGAUGUUAUGAAUCCUGAGCAAAAUAUCAAAAUAAAAGCAUCAAGUACCAAUAAAGGCCCAUAUGAGUUUACCAAGCUUCAACAUGUUCAGGAUUUGUCUGGAGAACACACUGGAGCGGUGUGGUGCAUGAAAUUCAGUUCUUGUGGUCGUCUUUUGGCCACCGCUGGGCAAGAUCGUCUUCUUCGGAUUUGGGUUUUGAAAGAUGCUUUCCCCUUCUUUCAGGAUAUGCGCACAAAGUAUAACGCAGCUGAUCAGAAAUCUUCACCAACACCAUCGCAGGAAUCACUAGUCUCACAUCACUCAGCGGAAGAAGCUAUAGCCCUAGCAAUGGCCGCUGAAAAUUCUCCUGGUCCGUUCAUGCCGAAAUCUUUUUGCACUUAUUCUGGCCACACCUCCGAUCUGUUGGACGUAUCCUGGUCUAAGAAUUACUUCAUUUUAUCUAGCUCGAUGGACAAAACUGUGCGACUGUGGCAUAUUUCUCGUAGGGAGUGCCUGUGCUGUUUCCAACAUAUCGAUUUUGUUACAGCCAUUGCGUUCCAUCCUAGAGAUGAUCGAUACUUUCUCAGUGGCAGUUUGGAUGGAAAAUUGAGAUUAUGGAAUAUUCCUGACAAAAAGGUUGCACUAUGGAACGAGGUAGACGGACAAACGAAAUUGAUAACGGCCGCCAACUUCUGUCAGAAUGGAAAAUUUGCCGUUGUAGGAUCAUAUGACGGACGAUGUUUGUUCUACAAUACCGAUCAGUUGAAGUAUCACACUCAGAUUCAUGUUCGAUCUACGAGAGGAAAAAAUGCGAUUGGUAGAAAAAUAAGUGGAAUAGAACCGAUGCCUGGCGAAGAUAAAAUUUUAGUUACAUCGAAUGACAGUCGAAUCCGAUUGUAUGAUCUGAGGGAUCUUAAUCUGAGUUGCAAGUAUAAGGGCUACCUAAAUGUUUCGUCGCAAAUCAAAGCAUCUUUUUCGAAUGAUGGCAAGUACAUCAUUUCCGGUUCAGAAAAUCAGACGAUAUACAUUUGGAAAACACAUCACGACUACACGAAGUUAAGUUCGGUUAGACGAGAUCGCAGUGAUUUCUGGGAAGGGAUCAAGGCACACAAUGCCACAGUCACAUGUGCUAUAUUUGCACCACACCCAGAGGCCAUUAUCAAACCAGACCUCGAUGACGAAAUUAAUGCGGAUAAUAUCUCCAUCACUCAGCCAGCCGAUCCGUUGGUGGAGCAGCGGAAAAAGGGUUGUGGUGGUUACGUACUGAUUAGUGCAGAUUUUAAUGGUUGUAUAAAAGUUUUCAUCAAUAAGACAAAACCUAAGCAUAGUAGCUUGCCAUAUACAGCCAUACUCGAUUAAUGGUCAGAUGUGAUUGGUGAUAAAGUUCGGAAUAGCAUCAAAGCUGCACUACUACAGUAGAAACAAAGUUAUUUUGUUAUAAACAAUGUAAUCCAGAUGAUAGAGCGAAAGUCAAAGGCAGCACUGUCAUACGAGUUUCGUUAUAUAACUUUCGCAAAGAAAUAUUGGUUUAUCAGAAGAUCACGUGACACCAACAUUAGGUUACAAAUUUGUCCGUUCAACAUGGAAAGCCGCAUUUCAGGUAAUGACGAAAAAUCAAAUUAGGAAGUGCAGUAUAGAUUGUUGUUUGUAUAGAGAUCAAUGAUUUAACUAAUCUUGAUAGAAUUUUGGUGUAUUGGUUUCGUACUAUGGAUUCAAGUUACUAUAGAUUGCAUAAAAGAACAAAAAAAAUCUACAGCAUUUUUAAUCUUCCCAUGUCUAAUCUCAUAGAAAUUGCCUGCGCACACUUAUAUAUGUUAGUUUUUCCUUAGAUUAUAUCUUUCCACUUUUGGUAUUAUUGCAAUUUAUACAUUGAUGUUAUUUAGGGUUCCUCGAUUAAAAAAAUACUAAUUCGUUGUAUGUCCGUGACAAAUAACUAUUUUCCGUGAGGAUAGGGCAAUCGAAGUGUGUUUUUUAUUGUAAUCUAGAAAGUACUGCUGCUAAGAAUACUAUAGUGCUGUUGUUGAAAGGUGUAGUUUAUAACAAAAGGUUACCUAAUUUAUUAUUGUAUAUAUAUAGCGAUUUUGA